AGCCCAAACUGUGUGACCAACAAACUAAUCCCCCCACGUCCAUACCUGCAUUUCUUGAUCAAUUUCCCUCCCAUGGCAUGCAAGAAACAAUCCAGCUUUUCUAUAUAUCAUAAAUUCACUACACAUCUUUAUAAAGACACCUGCCAGACCACUAAAGUUCUGAGAAUUUGAUCAUGAAAAGUCUGUUUGAAAAGCAACUAUCUCCCGGUACUUCCAACAAUUCAUCAAGUAGUGGGCAAUCUAGAGAUGAUCAAGAGCUGGGCUCUCAUGCAGUACCCAAGAAUGGAGAUCAUGUUCGCAAGAAAAACUCAUGGUUUUGCUGUUCUCCACCUGAUCACAUGGAUCUGAACCCUGCUCGAAUGAUUUUAGCAGAGAUGGUGGGGACUUUCAUUCUGGUUUUCUGUGUAUAUGGGAUUGAAGCAGUUACCCAGCUAAUGAAAGGCGAAGUGGGUCUCUUGGAGUAUGCAGUCACUGGAGGGUUGACAGUAGUAGUGUUGGUUUUCUCCAUUGGGUCCAUCUCCGGAGCACAUGUAAACCCUUCUGUCACCAUAACCUUUGCUACCCUUUGCCAAUUCCCAUGGUCCAAGGUAGUUCCAUACUACAUAUCGGCACAAAUAGUAGGUUCGGUGCUGGCAACGUACGUGGGAAGGUCUAUCUAUGGCAUAAAACCAGAACUUAUCACUACCAAGCCGCUGCAAGGCUGCAGUUCUGCCUUCUGGGUCGAGUUCAUCGCCACAUUCAUCAUCAUGUUCCUAGCUGUAUCUUUGACAAGCCAACCUCAAUCUGUAAGCCACUUGUCUGGUUUCGUCGUUGGAAUAGCCAUUGGACUUGCAGUGCUAAUCACAGGGCCUGUUUCAGGAGGAUCAAUGAAUCCAGCAAGGUCCUUGGGACCUGCAAUUGUUUCGUGGAAAUUUGACGACAUAUGGAUUUAUACAAUCGCCCCAACUCUUGGAGCUGUGGCAGGAGGUCACCUGUUUCAUCUGUUACGUCUCCGGCACCAGCCUUGCACCCCCAAUUCCUCUCCCAACACCAUUCUACUAAGCAACGCCUUCCAGUAGGCUUUGGUGGAACUGAGUGUAGAAGAAGGUAGCAGGAAGAGGAUGCUGCUGCUGCAUUUUUCUAUUAAUUUAUCUGGUGUUUGAGAAUAUUUAGUGUAAAUUUAAUAUGGCUUUUUGCCUCGACUUAUCUAUACUGCUUAUUUUACUAUUUUUGAUAAAAAAAAAAAUUAAAAAUGGAACUUCAACUUU